UUUCUAUCAAACAUUCGACGUCACGUCCUGCGCAUAGAAACAGCGAUGGCAGAAAGAGGCUACAGCUUUUCUCUCACUACGUUCAGCCCUUCGGGGAAGUUGGUCCAGAUUGAAUAUGCUCUGGCCGCUGUCGCAGCAGGUGCUCCCUCAGUUGGCAUUAAAGCUGCCAACGGUGUUGUGUUGGCAACAGAAAAGAAGCAGAAAUCUAUACUGUACGAUGAACAGAGUGUCCACAAAGUAGAGCCCAUUACCAAACACAUUGGCAUGGUGUACAGUGGUAUGGGCCCAGACUACAGGGUUUUGGUGAGGAGAGCACGAAAGCUUGCCCAGCAGUACUUUCUGGUCUACCAAGAGCCUAUUCCUACAGGCCAGCUUGUUCAGAGGGUUGCUUCAGUCAUGCAGGAGUACACACAGUCAGGAGGUGUUCGUCCAUUUGGUGUAUCACUCUUAAUCGCUGGCUGGGAUGAAGACCGCCCAUACCUCUUCCAGUCCGAUCCCUCGGGUGCGUACUUUGCAUGGAAAGCCACAGCGAUGGGAAAGAACUAUGUGAAUGGGAAAACCUUCCUUGAAAAAAGAUACAAUGAGGAUCUUGAACUGGAAGAUGCCAUUCACACAGCUAUUUUGACCCUCAAGGAAAGCUUUGAAGGUCAGAUGACGGAGGACAACAUUGAGGUGGGAAUCUGCAAUGAGGCGGGCUUCAGACGACUGACUCCUGCAGAAGUGAAAGACUACCUUGCUGCUAUCGCUUAAUACUUUGUUGAAACACUGGUUAAUCGUUUGUGGGGGUUUGAAGAACGCACUGCAGUGAACGGUAGAUUUAUAAUCUGUAUUUUUUUUUUACCUGAUGGCAAAAUAAACUAAUAGUAAGAGCAAGUAUGUGUUGUCCAUGACUUGCCUUACGCUCCUCUAAAAACAAAUACAUCGAUUGAAGAGCACAAA